CCGCCUUCAUUUUCCAUGUCAUUCUAGGCGGGGCUUCUUUUCAACUCCGGGAACUGCACCGUAUACUCACCACGCCAUGGCCUCCCAACUUCUUCCGCUAGAGUUGAUCGACAAGUGUGUCGGGUCCAGAAUAUGGGUUAUCAUGAAGAACGACAAAGAAUUCUCCGGAACGUUGCUCGGAUUCGAUGACUACGUCAACAUGGUGUUGGAAGACGUGACCGAGUUCGAUUACACCGGCUCACAGGUCAAGCUCCCCAAGAUAUUGCUGAAUGGAAACAAUGUCUGCAUGUUGAUUCCUGGUGGUGAGGGGCCAGUCGGUAGCUCUUAGUUCAUGAUCUCCACGAUUCUUCCUAGCCAUGUCAAAAUGAUUUUUUUUUUCUCGAAUGAACAUUGAUGAUACCGCAUAGACAUUCUUUGUAAUAGGCGGGUCUUGUUUCCUACUUGUUCC